AUGCAUACUACUGGGACUACAGCUUCCGGCACUUACACGGUGAAAUCUAGCUAUUGGGUUGUUGCAAACCUAAUGAAAGAUGAGAUUCAGAUGGAAGUCUCCCAGCCAAGAGAAGACUAUGAUGGUCCUAUGAUGAUUUCUAAGGCCCAAGAGGACAUGGAAGAGUGGAAUCGUAGGGAUAAUUUGGAGGAAGAGCCGAGGACUACAACCCCUGUGAUGAGAACUGUUAAGAAAUGGCAACCACCUAUGCAACCGUGGCUGAAGUGUAACACUGACAGAGCUUGGGAUCAAAACAAGGAGUACUGCAUUGUAGGAUGGGUACUGCGAGAUCAUCAGGGAAAUGUGAAAUGGAUGGGUGCAAGAAGACUCUUGAAGUUGAGGAAUCCUAUUGAAGCUUAA